AUGAACGCCAUUGAAGAUGCUGGAACUUUAGUCUGUGGUUUCGAACACCUGAUGCGCAGUGAUGUCGCCUUAGUCGGCGGCAAAAAUUCCUCCCUUGGUGAGAUGAUCAGUGCCCUUGGAGCCGAGGCAAUCCCCGUGCCACCUGGUUUUGCAACGACUUCAGCCGCGUAUUGGCAGUAUAUCGACGCAAAUGGGAUCCGGGAGAAGAUAACUACUCUAGUCACGGAAUGGCAGUCGGGCAGAGCGAGUCUUGCGGAGACCGGCCACGCGGUGCGACGUCUGUUCCUACACGGUACCUGGCCCGAGAAUGCAGCAACCGCAAUUAGGACCGCCUAUCAACAGCUCUCCGCAAAAGCGGGAAUCGAGAACCUCAGUGUUGCGGUCCGCUCCAGUGCAACAGCCGAGGACCUGCCCGAUGCAAGUUUCGCCGGUCAGCUGGAGUCGUAUCUGAACAUCGCGGGCGAAGAGGCAGUGUUGGAUGCCUGCCGCCGUUGCUAUGCCUCGCUCUUCACCGACCGAGCGAUCAGCUAUCGCCAGACCAAAGGAUUCGAUCACAUGAGCAUUGCGCUCUCGGCUGGAGUGCAGCGUAUGGUCCGGUCCGAUACCGGUGGCUCCGGCGUCAUGUUUUCUAUCGACACCGAAAGUGGCUUCGAUAAGAUUGUGCUCAUCAACGCGGCGUGGGGGCUCGGGGAGAAUAUCGUACAAGGAACUGUCAACCCCGAUGAAUACCAAAUCUUCAAGCCGCUUCUGGGCCACACCAACCUGAACCCGGUCAUCGAGAAGAAGCGCGGCGACAAGGCCAUGAAGAUGAUCUACGGCCGUGACAAAACGAUACGAACGCGCAACGUGCCCACCUCUAAAGCAGAGAGAGCCAUGUUUGUGCUCAACGAUAACGAGAUCCUCCAGCUCGGGCGUUGGGCAUGCGCGAUUGAAAAGCAUUACGAAUGCCCGAUGGACAUGGAAUGGGCCAAGGACGGCAUUACGGGAGAGUUGUUUAUCGUUCAAGCCCGACCUGAAACCGUUCACUCUCGUCGUGACUCGGCCAUCUUCAAGACCUACGACAUCGGCAAGAAGGGCCGUGUUCUAGCCACCGGCGUUUCGGUCGGUAAUGCGGCUGUCCACGGCCGCGUUUGCCUGAUUGAAGCCGCCAAGGACAUCGACAAGUUUAUCGACGGCUCGGUCUUGGUGACUGGCGCCACCGACCCGGAUUGGGUGCCUAUCAUGAAGCGGGCCACAGCCAUAGUCACCGACCAUGGCGGCCGUACAUCUCACGCCGCGAUCGUCAGCCGCGAAUUGGGCCUGCCGGCGGUCGUAGGUACAACUCAUGCCACCUACGUGCUGCACACGGGCCAGGAUGUCACUGUCUCUUGUGCCGAGAGCGACAUCGGCUUCGUCUACGAGGGUAUCUCCGACAUCACCACCAAGACCGUGGACCUGACCGGGCUGCCUGCAACCCAGACGAAUAUCAUGCUCAAUCUUGCUAAUCCGGCGGCGGCCUAUCGCUGGUGGCGACUUCCAGCCGACGGGAUCGGCCUUGCCCGCAUGGAAUUCGUCGUCACCAACGCGAUUCGGGUUCACCCCAUGGCGCUUGUCCACUUUGACCGGCUGAAGGACGCAAAGGCCAAGGAGGAGAUCGCCCAACUCACGGCCGGAUACGACCACAAGCCAGACUAUUUCGUUGACAAGCUCUCGCAUGGUUUCGCGGCCCUCUGCGCCACUUUCUACCCCAAGCCGGCCAUCAUCCGCAUGAGCGACUUCAAGACAAACGAGUACGCCGGCCUCAUUGGCGGGGCUGAGUUCGAGCCCAAGGAGGAGAAUCCAAUGCUUGGUUUUCGCGGUGCGUCACGGUACUACUCGCCACAUUACAAGGAGGGCUUCGCGCUCGAGUGCCGCGCUAUCAAGCAGCUGCGCGAAGUGAUGGGCUUUACCAAUGCCAUCGUGAUGAUACCUUUCUGCCGGACGGUCGGCGAGGCAACAAAGGUGUUGGAAGUGAUGGCCGAAAACGGCCUUAGGCGUGGCGAGAACGGCCUUCAAGUAUACGUCAUGUGCGAGAUCCCGUCCAACGUUAUUCUGGCCGCCGAGUUCACCGAGCACUUCGACGGCUUCUCCAUCGGCUCUAACGACCUGACGCAGCUGACUCUUGGCGUCGACCGCGACUCUGGCGAGCUUGCUGACUUGUUUAACGAGCAGGACGAAGCGGUCAAGUGGAUGAUUGCCCGGGUUAUCUCGGCCGCCCGUAAGGCAGGCCGCAAAAUUGGCAUCUGUGGACAAGCGCCAAGUGACCAUCCGGAAUUCGCGAGGUUCCUGGUCGAGGCUGGUAUCAAUUCCAUCUCUGUCAGCCCCGACAGCUUUCUCGCGGUGAAACAGCACGUGGUUGAUAGUGAGCGGUCAUAA